UGGUAUUUCAUUAGAGCCUCCUCCCAGUCCAGGGAGAUGCUUCAGUGCCUGACUUCAGAAAGCGAGGAAGGGGCAGACUCCGAAGACAGGGAGGCCAGUUCCACAGAAGAUCCAAAAGAAAUCAUCACCCUGGCUUUUGUGAGAGAAAAUACUGAUAUGCAAAAGGGCCUUCAGAAUGCACAGCAGCAAGGCAAGAAGAAGAGGAGGAAAAAGAGAUGAUUGGUGAUCAAUCUAUCCAGCUGCCGAUAUGAGAGCGUGCGUAGGGCUGCUCAGCAGUGUGGCCUUAGAGAGGGAGGGGAAAACGAAGACUGGACUCUCUACUGGACAGACUACUCGGUGUCACUGGAGCGGGUGAUGGAAAUGAAAAGUUACCAGAAAAUCAAUCACUUCCCCGGGAUGAGUGAAAUCUGCCGCAAGGACUUGCUGGCCAGGAAUAUGAGUCGCAUGUUAAAGAUGUUCCCUAAAGAUUUUCACUUUUUCCCUAGGACCUGGUGUCUUCCUGCUGAUUGGGGAGAUUUGCAGACCUACAGCAGGUCAAGAAAAAAUAAGACAUACAUUUGUAAGCCGGAUUCGGGCUGCCAAGGGAGAGGUAUAUUCAUCACCCGGACGGUGAAAGAAAUCAAACCAGGAGAGGAUAUGAUCUGUCAGCUCUAUAUUUCAAAGCCCUUUAUCAUUGAUGGAUUCAAAUUUGACCUGCGGAUUUAUGUGCUGAUAACAUCCUGUGACCCUCUCAGGAUUUUUGUGUAUAAGGAAGGACUGGCCCGCUUUGCUACAACCUCUUACUGCCACCCUUGCACAGACAACCUGGAUGAUAUCUGCAUGCACCUGACUAAUUAUUCCAUUAAUAAGCACAGUUCGAAUUUCAUUCAAGAUGCUCACUCUGGCAGCAAGAGGAAGCUCUCCACCUUCAACGUGUACAUGGAGAACCACAGCUAUGAUGUGGAGCAGAUGUGGAGGGACAUAGAAGAUGUCAUCAUCAAGACGAUCAUCUCAGCCCACCCCAUCAUCAAGCACAACUACCACACCUGCUUUCCCACCCACACCCUCAACAGUGCCUGCUUUGAAAUCCUGGGCUUCGACAUCUUGUUGGAUCACAAACUCAAACCCUGGCUGCUGGAAGUCAACCACUCUCCAAGCUUCUCCACUGACUCCUGCUUGGAUAAAGAGGUAAAAGACAGUCUGCUAUAUGACACCUUGGUCCUGAUCAACUUGGGAAGCUGUGACAAAAAGAAAGUCUUGGAGGAGGAGAGACAACGGGGGCAGUUCCUGCAACAGUGUCGUUCUCGGGAGAUCAGGAUUGUGGAGGCCAAGGGUUUCCAGGCCGUGCAGUUAGAGAAAACUGAGAAAUACGAGAAGGAAAACUGUAGAGGGUUUCGACUGAUUUAUCCCAGUCAGAAUUCAGAGAAGUAUGAGAAGUUUUUCCAGGACAACAACUCCCUCUUCCAGAAUACCAUUGCUUCCAGAGCUCGGGAGGUGUAUGCCCGGAAACUGAUCCAGACGUUGAGACUAAAACAGGAGAAAAAAUCCUUCCAAACUAAAGAGAAGAAGGUAGAGAUGCAGGGGGAAUCGGCAGGAGAGCAAGCAAGAGGCAAGAGCACGUGGAGCUGGCGACAGAAACGACCACAGAAGUACAAGGUUGCCAUCCACGCCUCCAAACAAUACUUCCAGCCAUUGACAUUAGUUACCUGCACACCUGACUUGCUGUUGAGUGUCAGAGAUGAAAAGAAAAACGAAACAGACAACAGCCUCAACCAGGAAGCCCCCAAGAAGGAGGCUGGUCCUGCUCCCACUAAGCCUGCAUCUGCGAGCCGCUGCAGCUCUGGACCCAACCUGAGGAACUCAGGUCCCAGCUUCUCUGGGCUUGAGCUCAGUAAACCCAACUUCAGCAUCAGGGAGGCCAAGUUUGCCUCUGCAGUGAACAUAGCCACCAAUGCUGAGCCCUUAACUUCAGUAGAAACCUCUCCAGAAUCCACCAUCCUGGUCUCAGCCUCCUCGGAGUCCCUGGCAAACCUGACCACGACCACCAGCUCUGAAUGCAGUAGCCCAGAGAUGGACAGCACGGUCUCCUUUAAAUACAAGCAGAACAAGAUACCCCAGCAGUUCUUGCAGGAGAAAAUAUCGAAACAUUUUCUAUCUACAAAAUCCCAGAGCUUCUCAGGGAGUCAGAACCCAAGCUGGACUUUGCUAAAGAAAACCAUGAAGAGGCAGCAUCUGACAUCAGAGCUAUUCACCAGGGUUCAACUGAGGGGCAAGCUCUCCUUGUUUCCAGCUCACUACGACCCAAAGCUGCUGCUGAGUAACCAGUCACAAGAUCCCUCUCUGCCCAUGGAGUGCUACUGCCAUCACCGCAGCUCUGGCAAGAAGAGGCAGCUUGAUGUGUCCUCCCUCCUCCUCUUGCAGAAUCCUCACGGCCGUGAUGUUACUCUCAGUGACCUGCUGGUGGUGGCCACUCCAGCCCGACUGGAUCCGAGGCCUGGCCGAAGCCAUACAGAUGCUAUAAAGGACCUGUAUAUGCAGGAUCAGGAAGCUUACAGUCACUGAGGCCAGAAAGGAUGUGAGAGGAACUAG